CCAUGUCUAUGAGCCUUUUUUAUAUUAGUUCAUUAACUGGAUUGCCUUGCACAAGAGAAGAGAUUUCAGCAUUAUUAACUUUGCCACCAGGUGUUGAGUACAACGUAGAUUUUAAGCCCUCUUAUCCAGCUUUUGUGAGAUCUGCCUAUGACAAAAGUCCUACUAAAGAAUUUAUCCCCUUAGCUGCUGCUUUAGCACAUGGUAGACGAUUAGCUCUAGCACUUGCUCAUAUUUCAUCUACUGUACUAGCUCGAAAUCUGCUCACUUACGGCUUUAUGUUCAAAAAUGCCGUGGAGAACAAGAGAAGUUUUGAGGAGUGCUUCAAAUUUUUUGGCUCUCUUUCUGUUGACAGAUCUGAUGCAGAUUUUGCUGUGUUUCUAAACAGAUCUCACGGCCCUUCAUGUUUGAAUACUCUCAACUCUAGAUGUGGCGUGGAGCUCUAUGCACCGAACCAAUUCUGUCGGCAGCUUAGAUAUUGCCAAGACAUACCAUUCCCGCCACUGUUCUUCUUCAACCACAGCUAUCCUCUUCGAUUUAUGAUUGGGGAAUCAAACAUUUUGACUACCAAGCUUGCCGAAAUCACAAAAACUUUGCAGACAAUGAUCUUUCCAGAUCCUCCAUUCCGACCGAGUUGUACUCCCCCUUACAGAAAAAAGAAAGUUGCAGAGGAUAGUGGGGACCUGGAAUCUGCCAUGGUUGCCCAGAUCAACAAGCCAGAUCUGCCAAUGAGAGCUCCUAAAACUCAAGUCAAAAGGAAAAUUGCUACUACCGUAGAUUCCACGGAGGAGAAUACUCCCUCCAAGCAAUGAAGAACCGGAAGGAUCAAGAGGCCAGUAGUGAAACCAUCUGCAACCAAGAAACUCAUCAAGUUUGCCUCUCCACCAGAGUCCACUUCUGCCUUGGAUAAAACAGAAGAUGUUUCUCUCGAACCUGUUGCCACAAUAGAUCCUGUUGAAGACAUAUCUGCUGGGAGUGGCGAAAGCAAUUUUGGCUCCUCUCGUACAAAAUCUGGCGAUGGUUCUUC